AUUGUGUUGAUGCGACGUCAUGCGACCAAUGGGAAUCCCACUGUGGAGCCUUUUCCGAAAGACAUGGAGAACAUUAUGUUUGGUAUGGGAGGUUUCUGGGGAGCUGAGAGGCGUUUCUGGCGGCUUCCAGGGGUCUUCUCCACCCAGGUGGGCUACGCUGGCGGCUUUAACCCCAACCCCACAUACCUCGAGGUCUGCACAGGUCUGACGGGUCACCCUGAGGUGGAGGGGGUGGUCUUUUCCCCUCUGGACAUCAGCCUCGAGGAGCUGCUCCAGCGCUACCACACAAGGUAGCGGCCCCAACGUCGUGCAGUCGCCCCAACCCGAAGAGUCGCCGUCAAAUGGGGUCGACCCAAGGGGCACGGGAAGUAUUAGAGCAGAAGUACGAUGCCCAGACGUGUGUGCCUGCGCGAUGCGGUGGGGGAGGUCUCCUGGGUGCAAGUCAAUGCCAGACACUGUUAAUGUGUCUGAGAUCCAGCCAUCCAUAGCAACACACCGGUGUGGCGUUCAGGCCCCAACAAGCUUAGAUUUCACUGCUUGUCUUUUUCAUAGAAGCUGGUGAGACACCAAUGGUCACCAAUGCCUAAUAAGCUCCGUCGAUAUCUCUGUACUUGCGGUGAUGAUGUAAAUGCCAGAGCGAGGUGAGGUUUCGGAGUGAAGAGGCAAAAUAAGAAGCCGGAGAAUAAUUACAUUAGAUUGUUCAUUAGUGCUAAUUCUGCUGCAGUCUAAUUGGCACGUCCUGCCAAGUGCAAUAAUUCUGAAUUCACUUCAAAUAUUUCCCCCCAACACUCAGAACAAUGCAGAAAGUCACCAAUUAUGCAGAAACAUUUCUUAAUUGCGGACACUGACAAUAGCUUUACUGCCGAAAUGUUUGUUUUUCUUUCAUCUGUGUAAUUAAACGGAUUUAUUUAUUUUUUUUUGCUCUCCUCAUUUGCAGUCUUCCCUUAUUUACAUCUAGUCGAGUGCCGACUGCCCUUCUGAAAUACAGAGGCAGCGAGAGAGCUGGAGAAAAAGAGGGAAGGGAAGCGGGCACGGUGCAUAAAGAGGUGGAGAGGUGAGUCUCGCCUCAGCUUUUACAGCUGUUAGCGGAUGGAGGAGCGUUGUGUAAAAGAAGCCCGGGGGGCGCAGGGGUCAGACCGCUGGAUCCGAAGAGGGCAGCAAGAAAGGGACACGCAUGGGAUCAGUGCCCUCGCUCCUCCACCUGUAAUUUCUCCAUCAUCCCUCUCCUCCCUCCUCGCCUCGUUUUACCGCCCAUUUGAUCCGAUUACAUUAUUUUUCUUUUUGCUUCCAGCUGAACGUCUCGCUCAUUUCGUGCGUCCACUCCG